GCUGGGGGGGCGCUGGGUGUGGGGCGGCUCCGGGGCCGGGGAUGGCGGCGGCCGCGGUUGCGGCGGCUCCGGGACGAGCGGGAGGAGCCCGGGAAGCGCUGUGAAAUGGGCCGGCUCCCAAGUCAGCCGGGAGGACACUUUCUACAGCUGCUCAGAAGCACCACUGGAAGCUCAGAUGUGGGUGCCCCAGCCAGCAGCAGAGAGGGGUGCAGGGAAGCCACAGAGAAGCCCCUUCUGAUGCCCCAAGGAGCAAGCCGACCCAUUCCAGGCUCCAGGAACACCACAAAGCAAUAUGAAACCUGUUCAUGAGAGGAGUCAGGAAUGCCUUCCACCAAAGAAACGAGACCUCCCCGUGACCAGCGAGGAUAUGGGGAGAACUACCGGCUGCUCCACUAACCACACACCCUCCAGUGAUGCUUCUGAAUGGUCCCGAGGGGUUGUGGUGGCCGGGCAGAGCCAGGCAGGAGCCAGAGUCAGCCUGGGGGGUGACGGAGCUGAGGCCAUCACCGGUCUCACGGUGGACCAGUAUGGCAUGCUGUAUAAGGUGGCUGUGCCACCUGCCACCUUCUCACCAACUGGCCUCCCAUCUGUGGUGAACAUGAGCCCCUUGCCCCCCACAUUUAAUGUAGCGUCUUCACUGAUUCAACACCCAGGAAUCCAUUAUCCCCCAAUCCACUAUGCUCAGCUCCCGUCCACCUCGCUGCAGUUUAUUGGGUCUCCUUACAGCCUUCCCUAUGCUGUGCCACCUAAUUUCCUACCGAGUCCCCUCCUUUCUCCUUCUGCCAACCUUGCCACAUCUCACCUUCCACACUUUGUGCCAUAUGCCUCCCUCCUGGCAGAAGGAGCCACUCCUCCCCCACAGGCUUCAUCCCCGGCCCACUCAUUUAACAAAGCCCCCUCAGCCACCUCCCCGCCUGGGCAGUUGCCGCAUCACUCGAGCACUCAGCCGCUGGACCUCGCUCCAGGCCGGAUGCCCAUUUAUUAUCAGAUGUCCAGGCUACCUGCUGGGUAUACUUUGCAUGAAACCCCUCCAGCAGGUUCCAGCCCAGUUCUUAUCCCUCAGGAGGGCCAGUCUGCUCUGGAAGCAGCUGCUGCCAAUGGAGGACAGAGACAACGAGAGCGAAAUAUAGUAAGACGGGAAAGCGAAGCCCUCGACUCCCCCAGCAGCAAGGGUGAAGGCCAGGGACUGGUGCCAGUUGUAGAAUGUGUGGUGGACGGACAGUUGUUUUCAGGUUCUCAGACUCCACGGGUAGAGGUGGCGGCACCGGCACACCGAGGGACCCCAGACAUUGACCUUGAGGUCCAGCGGGUGGUUGGCGCUUUAGCUUCUCAGGACUAUCGUGUGGUGGCAGCUCAGAGGAAGGAUGAACCCAGCCCCCUCAACCUAUCCCAUCAUACCCCUGACCAUCAGGGUGAGGGGCGAGGGUCAGCCAGGAACCCUGCAGAGCUGGCAGAAAAAAAUCAGGCCCGUGGGUUCUACCCUCAGUCCCAUCAGGAACCAGUGAAACAUAGACCUUUACCCAAAGCAGUGGUUGUAGCCAAUGGCAACCUGGUGCCCACUGGAACUGACCCAGGCCUGCUGCCCAUGGGCUCGGAGAUCCUGGUAGCAUCAAGUCUGGACAUGCAGGCCAGAGCCACCUUCCCAGACAAGGAGCCAUCGCCACCCCCCAUUACCUCCUCCCACCUGCCCUCCCAUUUCAUGAAAGGCGCCAUCAUCCAGCUGGCUACCGGGGAGCUGAAGCGGGUGGAGGACCUCCAGACCCAGGACUUUGUGCGCAGUGCCGAAGUGAGCGGGGGGCUGAAGAUUGACUCUAGCACGGUCGUGGACAUUCAGGAGAGCCAAUGGCCUGGAUUUGUCAUGCUGCAUUUCGUGGUUGGUGAGCAGCAGAGCAAAGUGAGCAUCGAGGUGCCCCCCGAGCACCCCUUCUUUGUGUAUGGCCAGGGUUGGUCCUCCUGCAGCCCUGGGCGGACUGCACAACUCUUCUCUCUGCCCUGCCAUCGGCUACAGGUGGGAGAUGUCUGCAUCUCUAUCAGUUUACAGAGCUUGAACAGUAACUCAGUUUCUCAGGCCAGCUGUGCUCCCCCAGGCCAGCUGGGUCCCCCCCGAGAAAGACCUGAGAGGACAGUCUUGGGACCCAGAGAGCUAUGUGACAGUGAGGGGAAGAGCCAACCGGCAGGAGAGGGCUCCCACGUGGUAGAGCCCUCCCAGCCUGAGCCCGGUGCUCAGGCCUGCUGGCCAGCCCUGAACUUCCAAAGAUACAGCAUGCAAGGGGAGGAGGCACGGGCUGCGCUGCUCCGUCCCUCUUUCAUUCCACAGGAGGUAAAGCUGUCCAUCGAAGGGCGUUCCAAUGCGGGAAAAUGAACCUCUUCCCCAGACCAAGACUGGGGCGUCACCCCAGAGCUGAGCCUCACCGUGAGCAGGCAGAGGAUUUGCACACGCCAAGCAGGGAAUGGCUCUCUUGGCAGUGAGAUUUGGGGGAACGGGAGGCAUGAAGUAAGCCUCCCAGGGCAGGAUCUGUUGCUCAUGACUCCGUGGCAUCCUUUUGGCACAGCCCCAGAGGGUGCUGUGUUGGGGAGCAGCAGGCCUGGGCCAGGGAAGGAAGGGGGUGCACACAGGAUAAGAAACAUUCCAAAAUCAGGGCCUCCCUGUUCUUUUCUCCCCAUCCCUAGCUCCUGCGAGGGGAAGUCCAGGCUUUUGGGAGCAGGUGGCAGAGGGAGGGAGUAUAGAAAGAGCCAAAAAUGAUGAUCCACAGCUUAUAGUAGCAGUUAAACUGUCAGAAGGUUUUUUUCUUUCUUUUUUUGUGUGGAAGGGCAGGAGGCCCCAAGGUUGGAAAUAAGAGGGUUCCCACCCAGAACCCUUCUUGUGAGAGAUGUGCACUUUAAAAGGGUGACUUUGUUACAGAUGUCUGUGGCUGGGUUUGUGGGAGGAGCACUCACCUAAGGACUCUGCUUGAUCCUCUGCGUCACAGCCCUUCCCCACCUCUCCUCACCAUUCCUGCUACAAGGCUUCGGCAGCUGGGGGCAGGAGAGAGAGAAGCCCCUCCAGGGUUCAGACUGAAGGACGGCCUUGCUGGGGACCCAGUCAGGGGACUCUGGGAGAAAGACCUGAUAGCCAGGCUGACUGAGUUCUAGGCAGGGCUCUGGGAAGGUAGCUGACCUCACAAAGCCCCUCCAACUCGGCAUGCCAGACCUGCUUUCAAAUUUCACUGAAUCUUUAGUUGGUAAUAGUCACUUUUGAAAGAACCAGUGGACCCUUUUCCCUAGGCACCCACACCCCGCCUUUGUCUGUCUAUGUUGUGCCUAAGUGCCUGCGCUGCCCCCACCUUCCUGCUGCCCUAACCUCCCUGCAUGGUGUCUUGACCUGGGCCUCAUUUGUAGCUGCACUGCCUUUCCUCUUCUGCAAAAUUGGUUUUGUCCACUCUGACCAAGAACUCAAGAGUUUUUUGGUAUGUAGCGGUCUCUCUGGUUUCCCCUUCAGCUGUAGUCUCUAUUUUUAAAAACUCAAUCAUGUCCCCUCCUCUUCCACUGCCAAACAGCUUGGUGGAGAAACAAGAAGGGAACCGUGCCCUGGGCCGGGGCACAUGCAUGUGGCUGGGCAGUGCCCAUCCUGGCAUUUUUACACAGCCUCUCCCAGCAUUCUGGCAUCUCUAAGCCGUCCCCUCCUACCACCUGCUCUAAGAGGACAGUCUUGAUAACAUUUCGAUACCUGAAGUGGAUUUCACCCUGUGGUGGUAUAUUCCUCUGCAAAGAGUAUUUUUAAUCUUAGUUGCAUUUGCCCCUCUAUGUCUCAAGCCUACGUUUUUUCUUCACAACUUUCAGCAUCAGCUCAGACUGUGGGGUUCCACUGGGUAUUGGGAAUUAGGCUCCGCCACCAGCUUUCAGGUGGGUGAGUGGGUUUUUUUGUUUUUUUGGGGGUCUUUAGACUCUUGAAGGCAACUCAGGGUAUUGUCCACCCAGCUCUCUGGUUAGGCUUCUCCCAGGGUACGAUCCUGGCAUUUCCUUUAUGGAUAUACUUGGACUGGCCGGGGCCCGGCCUGUCGUCAGGAGUCCAAACCUCUGAGGUCUGAUCUCUGCUCUGUCAAAGACUUGAGGCAAGUCUCGUGACCUCUUGCUCUUUCACUUCCUCCCCAGCUGCCAAAUGGGGAUAAAUAAUCUUAGCUACCUCCUGAGGGGAGGGGAAGUUCUGAGAAUGGAGUCAUUCUUAGUGUUCAGGUGCUAAAGGUUGUUCUCUUGGGGGGACAGAGUGACUGAAACUGGCUUGUUUGCUACAAGCCCUAUAAUCCAUGGUUUCAUUCCCUGGAAGCAAUUACCUGGUCACUCAGCUUUUCAGGGACGAGGGAGGGUGUCCAUCCAAAGGAAGCUGCUGACCUGACUGUAAGUACUUCAGUCUCCGGGUCAUGUCGGAACCAAACACCAACCUUGUACUGCAUUUGGGAUCAUGUCCUUUCCGUUCUCUGUCCCCCAUUAUCUCUGAAUGCUGCUUUCUCUGGCUUGUUUCCUACAGCGGGGGCCUGUGGGGUUGAGUCUUGAGGAAUCCCCUCAGAUGACAGCCUUGGGAGAAGGCGUCAUCUCUGGCUGUGUCAUGAACAACUCAUUCCUCGGGCUUAUUGUUUGCACGGGUUUCUCGCAAGCGUCCUUCCUCAUAGGAAGUCUCAUCAACUGAAUUUGGUGACAUGCACACAGUAGAUGCUCAAGAAGCAUCCACAAGGACACCAACUGAGCUUCCUCCUUAUGGGAGCAAAGCUGUAUCUAGUCAGAUACCAGCCAAGUAGUUUACAUCAAAUCACCCUCCACUUGGGCUAGUUGUGACUUUCCAGCCAGGUAACUCCUGCUGAAUCUCGGAAAGAGAGAUUCUUGAGGAACUUGGCAAGUUGGGCCCUGACCUUUCUGCUGCUGUUCUGUGUCUUGCUGGUAAAGCAGUACCAGCAGCUCCCAUGAUAUCGUGCCAUGCAUAUGUAACACGUUAAUACUUGAUUUUGCUGAGUUACAAAGGUAUCUUUCAUAAAGUAUGGUCCCCCAGGAAAAGAAGGCCUGUGCUUGAAAUCUUGGUCAGAGCUGUGGCAUUCCGCUUGCCUUUUCCCUCUGGUUCAGUCUUUUCUUCCAGGCAUGAGAAAUAAGAGUAACCUGUGGUGUGUCCAUUCUUCCUUAUAGGAAUUUCCUAAGUUUGCAAGAGACUUGAGAGUGGUUUUAAGAGAGUGAUCAUUUUAGUAGGGAAGUUGUCAGCUUUUUGGGAAUGGACGGCUGAUGAAGGCCAGAGCCAGUCCCUUGUCAGUUGUAGGACAUUCCCGGAGCUUCGGGCUACCAGUUUGGGAGAAGGGGAACCCAGUAAAGGAUGGUAACAACCUAAGUCUUGAGUCAUCAUUCCUUUCAAGAUUACAGUACAUGGGGGAGAGGGUGGCAUGGGGGAAUUGGCCCUGGGAGUUAAGAGCUGAGUGUUUGUACCCAAGGGGAGGGGCCCCAGUAGAUCUGGACUGACCCUUCCAUACUCUUGGUCCCAGUUGGUCAUAACACCAAGGACUUUACUCUGUGCUGCUUUGCCACUGCUGCUGUCUGCUCAGUGUCCUGCCCGCUAUCCUCUGGAGCUCCCAGUCCUUUCAUGUCUUUGGCCAUGUAGAUUCAGUCCAGGCAUCGUGCUCUUUCUCACCUGUGUUGUACCAGUGUUAUUUUAUGGCAAAGUCAUAUUGAGUAGGGACGGUAUGAAAUGCUGCUGGUGGGCUGGCAAAUCCAAAGGGAUAUGGCUUCAGUGCUGUCAGGAGCCCUUUGGCUCCAGAUGUCUGACUGUCUCGAGGGAGAAACAAGUAGGUCCUAUUAGUGGGUGUUCUCUGCGGUAUUAACUUCUUUCCUUUAUGGUAUCUUGUAUCCUGUUUUAAAAACUGAGUGAGGGGGAACCACAUUAGGGCCUGUGCCACAUCCCAGCAAGGUUCAUCUAGUUCCAGUUACGUGGACUCUGGGGUUGGGAGAGGGUUUGGAGUUUGGCUGAAAUAGCUGCUCAAGUGGGGUUUAAUUUUAUUUUUACCAGUGGGUGUCAUAGGUGAUUUAGGGGGAAGCAAAGGAUGGUAGUGUGAUUUAAACCUGCAGUAGCAGGAAUAUGGAAGAGUUGAGUGUUCACACUGGAGAUGAAGGUGGACAUGGGUUGACUAGGAAAGGGCCUGGGCCCACUGGAGUAAAGAUAACCUGAUGGAUUGGCCAUGGGAGAUUUGGUCACAGUCUUAUAAACAAAGUAAAUAGGACAGAGGCCAAGUUUUAGGGAGACAUCUUGGCCUCCUAGGGCUAAGUUUACUAAACCACACUGAAGCUACAGUACCUUUCAGAUGGGAAGAAGCGUACACUACAGUUGAAGAGCUGAACCUUACUAGAUUGGAUGUUGAUCAGUAACCUAUUAGCCCUUGGCUGGGAAGCCUUCACCCUCCAGCUUCUCUGGGGUAGGGAAGGUCUCCCACAUUAUGCAAUAAUAAAAUAAGCAUCUGGGUCUUAGCAGCUGUCAGUUGCUCUUUCAACUCUAGGAUCCAUCUUGGGACCAAAAGGCUGGUCUGGGCCUAGGAUGACCCUGGCCCUUGAGAUGCUGGAGUUGGCUGCACUCUCUCCUUACCUGCAGACUAUGCACAGUGCCUGGGGCGGAUGGAGGAGAGGCGUAGCGGUUUGCCCUGCUGCCUCCCCAGCAGGAACAGUAGUCAUAAAUGCACUUUUCACACUAAAGUUUUCUUUAUUAGUUCUCCUGUUAAGCCUAGAUCCCUCCCUGGUAGAUUGCAAACUCACGUCUGUGUGAUCCCAAAGCCACUCCACUGCAGAUGCCCGCAGUGAAGAUGGCCUCAAAUUGGGUUCCUGUCUGCAGUGUGUGUGGCAGCAGCCCAUGUGCCUUUACCCAUUGUCAAACUUGCAAGCAUUUAUUUCUGUCUUUAGGACUGUCACGGGGACUGAGGUUCUUCAGAGAGAGAGAGAGCUGAUGACACAGUGGUUUUACACCCACUCCCUUGGACAGGGAGUUUGCACGUAUUUGUGAGCUGUGAGUGGUUAGCACGUUGCUGGUAUUGCUGAAGGCAGGGUUGAUCCCUCACUUGCUUGAUACUUGCAUUCAAGAGAAUCUAGAUUGUGUUGGGGAAGAGACUGUACUCAUGGCUAAGGUGAAGUCCCCAACAACCUUCCUAGUCACACAGGAUCCCUGUAGCCAAAACAGUAUAUGUUCCAGCUGCAGAGAGCAGACUGCUCUCAGCUUGCACAGCACCUUAGGAGAGGGAAGAAUAUAUGGAUAGGGAAUGGGGUGGAGAAAGAAGGAUGGGAAUGUUGUCAUCCGGGCGGCUUUAGGGUCCUACAGAGUGGAGAAGGAUGGCACUGGGGAGGUCUGGAUGGAUCUGAUUUGUGUAGGAGUUCCCUGUAGAUAAAUUACUGAUCCCCCAACUACUAUCCCCAGUAUGUAAUGGCUGAAUUAAUAUGUAAUCAACUGCAUUGUAUCUAAAGCCUUAGAACUAGUCAGGUGCUCCCCCACCCAACACCAUUUCUUACCCUCUAAUCCUACCUGAUCUUUAACAAAGCAUUAAUAAUUCUAAGGAUAAUCUCUAUUUUGUUGUGCUUUUUUGUAACUGUUUUAAAUAAAUCAAUUUGUACUGUA